AUGUUUAAAAAUAUCCUUAGAGAAGUAAAAGAAGAAAAGGAAGUGUAUGUAGCCAUGAUGGUUGAAGAGUCAGAAGAAAAAAAGUAUAAUAAUUUAGGUAAAAAGAAAACAGUUAUACAUUGUCAAAAAUUAGCUAAAAUGGGUUGUAAUAGAAGAGCAGAAAUGGACUAUGUUGAUAAACUAAAUCGUCUUGAUACUUGCGAUACGAUUAGAGCUGAAACGGAUGAUCAUAAUACAUUUAGUAAUCCUGCUUUGAGGAUUGUAUUGAUGGAGAAACUGACCUCAAACCCUGCCUUCAAAAAGGAACUAACAUUAAAAAGCAUGAAAAUAAAGGAAUUUGAGUUAAAAAGGUCAAGGAUAAAGAAAUCAAAGUUGAAAAAGAACCCCUGA